UGAAUAAAUUUCUGCAUCUUUGCCCAGAAGCAUUCUGCAAUUCUGGGAAGAUUUCAGUGAUCAAUACUUUAUUUCCUGCUCUUUCAUGAUGAAGGCCAUGGAGGAUCAAGUAGUCCAAGAAGAACCACGAUACCAUGACGAUGAGGAAUCCUUUUUUCAGGAUAUUGAUCUGCUACAGAAGCAUGGAAUUAAUGUAGCAGAUAUUAAAAAACUGAAGUCAGUUGGGAUCUGCACGAUCAAAGGAAUCCAGAUGACCACAAGACGGGCACUGUGCAAUGUGAAAGGGCUUUCAGAGGCCAAAGUGGACAAGAUUAAAGAAGCCGCAAACAAGCUUAUUGAACCUGGCUUCCUGACCGCCUUUGAGUACAGUGAAAAACGGAAGAUGGUAUUUCAUGUUUCUACCGGCAGCCAGGAAUUUGAUAAACUUCUGGGUGGUGGGAUUGAAAGCAUGGCAAUCACUGAAGCCUUUGGAGAGUUCCGGACAGGCAAAACCCAGCUAUCUCACACCCUUUGUGUGACAGCUCAGCUUCCAGGACCAAAUGGCUACACAGGCGGGAAGAUUAUCUUCAUUGAUACUGAAAACACUUUCCGACCAGACCGUCUUCGUGACAUUGCUGAUCGUUUCAGUGUUGACCAUGAUGCAGUACUUGACAACGUGCUGUAUGCACGUGCAUAUACUAGUGAACAUCAGAUGGAAUUGCUUGACUACGUAGCAGCCAAGUUCCAUGAGGAAGCGGGUAUCUUCAAGCUAUUGAUCAUUGACUCCAUAAUGGCACUUUUCCGUGUGGAUUUCAGUGGUCGUGGAGAGCUGGCUGAACGACAACAGAAACUCGCUCAGAUGCUGUCAAGGCUCCAAAAAAUAUCAGAAGAAUAUAAUGUGGCUGUGUUUGUGACCAACCAGAUGACUGCUGAUCCAGGAGCAACUAUGACCUUUCAGGCAGACCCAAAAAAGCCCAUUGGGGGCCACAUCCUUGCUCAUGCUUCGACUACCAGGAUUAGUUUGAGGAAAGGGAGAGGGGACCUGCGUAUUGCAAAGAUAUAUGACAGCCCCGAGAUGCCUGAAAAUGAAGCCACAUUUGCAAUAACUGCUGGAGGGAUCGGGGAUGCCAAAGAAUAGGCAAAAACCGGAUAUAAAUGUACAGCUGAAAAACACCUGGGCAGUUGGGAUAAAGAUUUGUGCAAGGUCACCAGCUGCCUGGCUGCAUUUAUAUUUUUGGGGAACCAUUUCAGAUAUUUUAGGAGAACAUUGGGACGGACACUGUA